AUGACGAGUUCCAGCUACUUGUCACUGGCUGCAGCUGUGAUCUUUCUUUUGGUGCUGACAACGGCCAAGGAGGCUGAAGGCAUCCGACUAGAUGCCGAGACUCAGGCAUCCGUUAGCAGCAGCAGCAGCAGCACCGGCAACCCAAUGGUCAACAAACCAAGCCAUGAUGUGGUCAAGGGUUCUACUGCUAACUCGGAAAGCGAUGCGACAAAAGAUGUUGUUGCUGCGAGCGAAGUUAGGGCAGUGGCACACAAAUUGCCGGUGUUCCAUGAAGAUUACUACGUUCCAAAUGUUCACGGUCCUAGGCAUCACUGA